AUGGAAUUCACUUCCAUAGGAGAGCUUUCCCCAAAUCAACGACCAUGCAAGCUCAAAUGUCGUGUUUCUCGACUGUGGGUUGCUACAAAUAUCAACACAGACAUCGUUUGCCACUUGGAUAUGAUCUUGCUAGAUUCACAGGGAAAUGACAUCUGGGUGCAAAUUCCACCUUUGCUCAUGAAGAUUUUCCAGCCACUUCUGAAAGAUCAGGAAGUUUAUACUUUCAGCAACUUCAAAGUCCAAUCCGCACCACAGGAAUAUCGACCGAUUGCUAAUGACAAUAUCAUCAUAUUUUCUGGGAAAACCUCUGUUCAACAAAUCCCAGACGUCCCUCGCUCCAUACCGACUUUCAAAUUCACAUUCAUGAAUGCAGCUCAAAUCAAAAGGAACCUUAAUAAAAUAGAUAUUCUAUCAGAUGUUGUUGGUCAGGUGCAACAUGUAUCAGAGCGUAAAACUUCAUGCAAGGGCGGUCGAAAAACUACUCGGAGACACAUCUCCCUGAAACUGAUUGAAGGGGAUGUUGUGUCUGUUGUUGUGUUUGGAAGACUUCUACCGCUUUUGGAGAGCUUUGUCAACGCUUCAGGAACAGCUUCUUUCGUAAUAGUUAUUACUUCCAUACGAGUUACACCAUUCCAGGGAGAUUGUUCUUUGUCCUCGACAUCCUCAACCUGUUUGUUCUCGAAUAUCGAUAUCCCUGAAGUCAAUGCCUUUCUAAAUGGGAAUAAUGAAAAUGCUGCACCUGUCUUGCUGGAGGAACCUUCUACUCCUGAAGUUCCCAUAGUUACUCUAGCUGAACUUCAGAACUUGAGCUUAGACAUGCAAAAUGAGGACAAUGUUUAUUCUGUUGAGGGUAAAGUUGUCGAUCUGCAUCCUUUGUGGUGUUACCUCAGCUGCCCUACAUGCGUCUAUAAAGCUCCAGAAGAUCAGGAUACCUACCAUUGUACAAAGUGCAACAAAACUACAACUAUCAAGGCUGCAAAGUAUCGUCUGCGACUUGAAGUUGUUAGUGAUGACACAUCGGCCUCUUUUGUCAUGUUUGAAAAUGUUGGCGAAAACUUUUUUGGGCUGCCUGCUAACCAGUUAUUCCUUGAAAAUGGUGGCUUGAAAGAUUCUCCACCGGAGAUUAUACUUAAAAUUCUAGGAAUGACUCUCAAGUUUCAUGUGAAAAUCAAAAUCAGCAUGUAUACAAGGAGCAAACCAGACUUCACUGUUGUCAAAAUUGAUCCAGACUCCAUAGAUGAUCUCCCCGCCACAUUGCAGAAGGCUGCCUCCACCCAGUCAAUUCACAGUGACAUUGAGAAUUCAAGGAGUUCUUCUCAAAUCUCAGACCCCCUGUGUACUGCAGUUAAAGACACUGAUGGCGAGAAAACCCCAUGCACUUCUCUCAAACGAAAGCAACCUAUUGAAUGA